AUGACAGAUAUAGCGUUCGAGAUAGAGGGGAGAUUCCUGUCAUUGCGAGGAUCAUUCAUUGAUACCAUUGGAUUACGGCUAGAUCAGCCUAUUGCAGAGCAUUAUAUCCAGAACAGAUUAACCAGAGAUGGCGCAAACAAAGGACAUCACAUUACAGUCAUCAAUCACUUGGAGAUAGCUGAAAAGACGUCCAAAACCUUACCGGAUGAGAAUGGCAACCAACAGCUUUCUACGUCAAACAAGCAAAAGAAGAGACUAUUUAAGCAGGGACAACACACAUUACUAUCUACCAUUCUAAAUCAGUUUGGCGAGGCAUCAGGGUGGGAGAAACCGAUUGAUCUUGGAUUGGGGUCCACUGAAUCAGCCGAUGCCAAAACUUAUUACAAGGUGAUCUAUUGGCCACAGGGACAGAUGAUACGUCAAUAUGUAGGUCUAGGGAAGAGCAACUUUCAUGUUACGGUUGGGUUUGCGCCCCGAGAUGUGCAUCAGUACAAAGGCCCUGGCACGCUGGUGUGUCUUCAGCAAUACCAGCCUUGUUCCAAGGAAUUGUAUGCGAGAUUGAUCGACUAUGUGCCGUUUUAUGUGGCGGAUAAAGAGUUUAUAAAAGCGCUCUAUCAAACAGGCUGGAGGCACGGUUACUAUGUUUUAUUAGCCCAUCUUACAAGAGUGAUGUUGCAAUCAAUUUUACGCUUCCUGUACUACAAGUUAAUCGGCAAAAAGACCAUCAGUCUCCCGGUUACUACGGCUGCUCCUCCUGUGUGA